UAAUUCUGACAUAUUUACAUUUUGACAAAAUAUUUUGGAAAUUAAUCAAAGAGAAGCGUACGAAUUAAGGACGUGUAGUAAGUGCGAGUAUACAAACACACUCAGAAAAACGGCUUGUAACUGCUUGUCAUAAUGAUCAUUAAUAUUAACGUAAAUUUAUUUGUACUUUAAAGCAAUGGAUUGGCGUCAUUCUGAAGUUAUGGAAUUAAUAUGUAUGUAUAGGCAAUAUGAGUGUCUAUGGAAUUGUCAUAGUCCAGAUUAUAAACAACAGGAUAUGAAGAAAAGUGCAUGGAUUGAACUUUCGAAUCAUUUUGAAAAGGAGGUUGACGAAGUUAAGAAGAAAAUCAAACAUUUACGCAACUCAUACACGGCAGAAAAGAAGAAAGUAGACAAAAUUAAGAGUUUAAGUGGCAAAGCAUACGAGCCACGUUUGUAUUACUACAAUCAAAUGACCUUCUUGGAUCCGGUUAUAAUCCUGCGUGUAUUUGAUCAGGAUAAUAUUGAUGACCCAUUAGCAGAAAACAAGUCUCUUAGUUCGAAUAAUGACCGUAUUGUAAGCACUAGAAAGCGUCAAAGCUCAGACUCCUUUGAUAUUGAUGAAGAGGCGACACAGAUGGAAUUGUCAUCUAGCCGAAUGCUUUCGGAUACUGAUGAAUCAGCAAGUCCAUCACCGCAGUUGGUGCGAACAACUAUUAAAAGACGUUUAAUCGUCGAUGAUAUGCCAAACCGUCUCUCAUCAUCAGCAUAUACUACAACAAAAACUUCUCCACCAACGUCCAGCAAAGAAGACACUUUUUGUGCGAUGCUAUGUAGUGAACUAAAGUUAUUAAAAUCUGAAGAGACUUAUGACAAUGUGACAACAGAGAUUUUUAACAUAGUGAAAAGUGCAAAAAUCGCUGAGCGACAAAUUGAUUAUCAACCCGAAUGUAGUAGUAAUAGUAGAAGAUAUUAAAAUAGUCAAUAUUUACUGCAGAUUUUAAGUAAAAGUUUUAGUAGACGAUAUUAAAAUGGUAUACAUUUACGGUAGUAUUCAAGUUUUAUUCUUAUUUAAUAAAGAAGAAGGUACAUAUUUCAUAAGUUUCCGAUACUGAGUUUUUGUUACACAAAAUGAUUAAAAAAGUUGUAAAAGUGUAGAAACUAUAAUUCAGCGUUUAAUUUUAUAUACAUAUGCACGUAAGUUUGUUUAUCUUAAUGUUCCAUACAAGCAUACAUAUAUCCGUGAUGCGGUAAAGAUGUCUUAUUUGCGAAAAAAAAUAUAUGGUUCGAUUUGAUUUAAUAUUUGUAGAAAAAAAUGUAAAUAUGGAGCACAGAAUGAGGGGUUUUUUCCCCAAACGGGUGUGCUUCACGAUUACCAAAAAAAGUAUCUUUUUCUUUUCCAGGCUCCAUUUGCUAGUGCAAGAUUUGCUUUAAAUUUUAUCUAGAUUGACAUUAUUUCAUUUCUGGCCAACGGAUCAAAGAGCGACAGGUCAAUUAAAGUUGUUAUGAGUUAUUAUGAGUUUAACCGAAUUGUUGCAACAAAUUAUUAUUAUACACUACAGUGGUGGUCGGAUUAUUCAGAUUUUCGUUGACGAUUAAGAUGUGCAUAAAUUAAUCCUUUUGGUUAUCUUUGCAGCGCACCACUUGAAUAGGCAAAAAUAACUCAGCCACUGUAGUAUGAAAACGACAAAUAUUAUAUGUAUUAAUAUUUUUGUUUUA